GCAUAACAGGAAUCCUCCUUCUGCAAAUGCUGACUGGGUUGCAGAGUCAGACACUGACUGAGUCUGAACCAGCUUUAGUAAAACCCGGUCAAUCUCAUAAACUGACCUGCAGUACUUCUGGGCUGGACUUUAAAAGCUACUGGAUGGCUUGGAUCAGACAGGCACCUGGGAAAGGACUGGAGUUUGUUGCAAUCAUUGAGUAUGACAGUGACAAUAUAUUUUACUCAAAUGCUGUUCAAGGAAGAUUCACCAUCUCCAGAGACAACAACAAGGAGCAGCUGUAUCUGCAGAUGAACAGCCUGAAGACUGAGGACACGGCUGUGUAUUACUGUGCCCGAGAGACACAUGACUACGCUUUUGACUACUGGGGGAAAGGAACCAUGGUCACGGUUUCAUCUGGAGCCUCAUCUGCGCCGACGUCCAUCUUCGCACUGGAACAGUGCGGUUCUGACUCCAGUGGAUUCGUCACUCUGGGUUGCGUUAUGUCCGGAUUUUUGCCAGCCAACUCAAAGAAGUUUAAAUGGAAAGACCCAAGUGGAAAAUACCUUACCGACUUCAUACAAUACCCAGACAUCCCCAAAGAUGGAAAGUUCUCCAAGAUCAGCCAGAUUCGCGUCCGGGAUACAGAUUGGGAAGUAAAGAAAUCUUUCACCUGUGAAGUAGACGGCGCCGCCGACAAGAAAGCUGUAGUAACUAAACCAGCCCUGCCUUUGACUACACUGACUGUAGAGCCCCAGAGUCCUGUGUUCACUGGAGAUACGGUCACUCUGACGUGUGUGAUAGAGUCUCUCAGUGGCUGGACAUACAAGUGGUAUAAGGGCUCCAGCAGCGUUCCAGCGCCUGAGGGAAACACCUUCACCAUCAGAGGAGCUGCUGAGUCUCAUAAGGGCCAGUACUGGUGUCAGGGGGAGAGGAGAGGCAGACCCACAACAUCACAACCAAGCGGGAAUACAACUCUUGAUGUCAAAGCUCCCAGGUCACCAACUGUGAGUGUGCUGCCGGUAUUCACCUUUGAAAGCCAGAACGCCUUGUGUGUCAUUGAAAACUUUUCCCCCAAAUCGCUGACAGUGACAUGGAAAGAGGAUAACGCUAUAAUUAAAAGUGAGACGCCACAGUUUAUUCAGGAAGACUCAAGUGGUUACUAUACAGCUCAAAGCUUUCUGAAGCUAAACAAAACAACACAGGGCAACAAACAAGUGUUCACUUGUGAAGUGUCUCAUAAUGGCAAAAAAAUCACUAAAGAAAAAAGAUUGGAAGGCCAGCUGUCAGUGGAGCUAACCCCUCCAUCAUCGAGAGAUAUUUUCCUCAAUGAUACAGCAGUGCUCAAGUGUAUCAUCACUGGUAGAGACACAGGAGCUGUGAAUGAUGCUGAAGUCACAUGGAAGGUGCCAGGAAAAGAUCAGAAUAGCAGAGCUAAAGUGGAAAAAGACCAACUGGGAAAUGGCCAGUCAAGGAAGAUCAGCAAACUGGAGGUGGAUUUGAGUGACUGGUUCUCUGGACAGGAGUUUGAGUGCCUCGUGUCCGAUAAGCACAAUGGGGAGGUGCAGGGCAGCUCACAGAAAAUAAAGUUAAAAAAAGGUGGAGCAGAUCCUGAAGUGCUCAUCUACACCCUCCCUGAGGCAAGAGACCCAAACCAUGAAUCUGUGGUGUGUGAGGUCAGGGGCUCUGGAGAUGUGUACAUCAUGUGGCAGGUGGACGGAGGAUCGUAUCUGGAGGGAAAGACGGGCGUUGUGGAACAACAGGAUGGCAACGAGUCGCAUGUCAGCAUAUUGACGGUCAAUUCACAGAGUCCAGUGUUAAGAAAAUUAACCUGCGCCGUCAAGUAUGGCGGCAUGGAAAGCUACACUUCUCCAAAACUGGUGGAAUACUCAAUAAGUGAGCCUGGGGUGGGAGAUGAAGAUGUCUGGCUCUGCACGAAGAGUGAGGAUGAGGAAGAGGACGAAUACAGCAGCAUGUGGUCCACCACCACCUCCUUCAUAUUCCUCUUCCUCUUCUCUCUGGUCUACAGCGCUAUCCUCAGUCUUGGCAAGGUGAAACACUGAUGAAAAGGAGAGAGAGGAACCAGUGGCAGGUCAUCAUAUUUUUGAGCAGUUUCUAUUUAUAUAAAUUGUUUAAAAAUAUUAUUAUCUAAAUAUCUGUCUAAAUUGUACUUCUCAGUUCUAAGUUGUAAUUUAUGGGCGAGUAAUUUCUGUGAAGUUGUAUUUGCAUUACAGAAACACUUCCAUUUUUGUUUUCAUCUUUUCACUGUAUACACAAAGUAAAGUUGAAUCACUCAUUAGUUUUGAGCUUGAUUGUUUUAUCAGCAUUUGUUUCAGGUUUAUUGAAAACACGGUCUUUCACAUACAGUAUGUAUAGAUACAGCGUAACUGCAAAACUUUUCCAACAAAUAAAAAGUAGCCUACUGUGCUUCACAAGAUGUUAAAUGCUAUUUUAUCAUUUUAAAUGUUACAUGCCAAAUACAAAUGUUAAACGUAAAUGUAAAACACACAAAGUAUUCGAAAGCAAAUUAUGGCUAUUUCUAGACCAGCUAAUCCCAGAGGGUUCAUUUGUUAUUUC